GUGAUGAAGGGUUCGAGGAGGAGGAGGAGGAGGAGGAGGAGGAAGAGGAGCCAGAGGAGAUUCGUCUCCUCGAACACCACAGCGCUCUCCUUCAGUCCUCAAACCUCACCCGCCCCCCCGCUUGGACCUAAUGGAGGUGCAGCAGGCUGAGGAGGAGGACGUUAUCGGGCCAGACGGUCGAGGCAGCUACCAGCACGUCGUGGCCCUGGCCCAGGCCCUCGUGGAACUGCGCCACCGCCGCUACGUCACUCCCAGGCAAGCCAGAGAGGUCACCGCUCUCUGGCUGAAAUUGAGUGACUGGGACAAGGCGGCGGUCACAUUCCCCCCCGUCACCAGGACCGGCUCGUCCAGGGCCGAUUCAGGACCACCCAGCGGCACGCUCACACACCAGGGGUGGAUAGUGUGAAGCGUGCGGUCCUGGGCAAGGGGGCGGGAGCGGCGCAGUCUCCCGAUGUGUCGAGGCUUGUGGAGGCUGUCCUGCUGGACCUCAGCAUCCUCCACUGCAGUGAGGGGAGGAUGAUUGCCGGGGUCCGCAUUCAUCGCUGGAGUGCCGUCAUGAGGGACUAUCAAACAAUUCGAGAGAAUGUUUAUAGUUGUGCAGCCCUCAUGCAGGCACCCGCAUCCAGCUGUAUGAGGUCAAUCAGCGGACCCUGACGCAAUGCACACCAAGAGGAGCAAGGCGAUGAUGAGGGACACCAUCGCCAUUGCAGUCCCGGGGCCCAGCGCUUCCCAGACUGCAGCGGAGCCCCUGCCUGCCCCACGGACUGUGCUGCAGCAGCCUGAGCAGCCAGACCAGCCCCUCCAGCACCGCCUGCCUGCGGACGCUUCUGGUCUGGCUGCCACCAUCAGAGGGCCGCUGGCCCCGGAGCUAUACGACCUCAUCGUCGCCAGCUCCUCAACUGCCACCACCUCCUCCUCCUCCUCCUCCUCAGCCACCCCACAAGCCUCCACCAGUGUCAGCGCGGACGCCGUCCGUCCACCAGUGCCAGCGCAGACGCCGUCCCGUCCGCCAGCGCAGAGGCAGGUGUCACCCCCUCCACAGCCACAGCUGCCACUGCUCCACCAGUGCCUAGAAACACUGCCUGGAGGCGCAAGCUCCAGGAGGAGAAAGAGCGUCGUGCCCGGGAGCUGGGAGAAUAUAUGAAACCAGCAAAGAAGGUCUCCCACUUCAACUGCAGGCACUGUGGCCAACCAAAGACGCGGGCGUUUGGCCACAGCCGCUACAAGACGGAGACCUUCUGCUCCCGGGCCGACGGGAAAGGGAGAACUGUGGAGCAGUGGCUGGCAGAGGUGAAGGGGCGUGAUGGUGCAG